AUGGGUAAUCGAAAGUCAUUAGCUAGAGAGGAAGAUGGCAAACCGAAACAAAAAUGCUACAAUCAGUUAUAUAGAUAUGUUGAUAUGCAUGGUGGUGGCGAAUUACUGCCAUGGAUUCGAUAUGCUAAAGAUAAUGGCGAUUUUUCGCUGAUCGAUGAAUUACUUGAUACUAAGAUAAAGAAUUUUAUGCACAAUUCCGGUAAAGGAAAAAUGGUAGCAGUUGCUGAAUUAGUGAAAGUACGCAAUGAAGAACGUAAUGCCAUGUUAAGUGCCUUAAAACGUAAAAAAGGAAAAGGAAAAAGUGGACCAAAUAUUUUAGAUAAUUUCAAUCAAGAAGGCGAAAAUCAAGGAGAUCUAAAGAAAGCAUUAAAACUACUAGAAGGUGGUGGACGACGUGGUGAAGCAGAUUCAAAGUAUCGUGAAGUUGUAUGGAAAUUAGAUGAACGUGGGAAUAUGGGUGAGAAUCUUGUUGGCAUAUGUUUAUUGCAAGGAACUGCAAUGCAUAAUCAGUUAGCUCGUCGACUGAUCAUAAUGUAUCCAAAACUUGUCAAUGAUAUUUUUAUCAGCGAAAAUUACUAUGGUAUGAUUGAAAUUACUAUCAAUUUAGACAAAUUUGAAUAG